ACCGGAUGAAGGAUUGACUGAUAAACGUCAGAUCGAUAAAGGCGGUCUCACUGCACUCACUGACACACGCAACGACACGACACAACACAGUGCAUGUCACUCUCUGACGCUUUCUGCAUGGCAUGGACACACCCAGGUCAACCAUCGUUCGUCGCAGAUAUGGCCAGCCGCACAGCCAUCUACUUGUUGGUUGUUCUGUAUAGACACACAAAAUGCCAACCAUGACGGACGAAAAAAGCCGGGCACGUCGACAGGACACGGGCAAAAGCAUGGACACUCACCGAACCGCCCACUCACCCACCCCCUCACAAAACAGCGCCCACCCAGUGGCACCCACCACACACCCACCCAUCUACUUCUACGCGUCUCUGCGUGUAUCCCUGACGCUCACAUCCGCGAACCUCCGUGCCGUGCUGUCAAUAUUCCUCGUGAUAGCAUCCACAUACGCCCACGCCGACCGGUCCUCCUCCCGCCGCCACCAGCUAUGGACCACACUCGUCUCGUUGGCGCGGAUCGCAACGUUAGGCACAACACUGGCCGCCACAAGAUCCCCCGACCCACCCACACCCCCACCGCCACCCUCGUCAGCCGUCGGCUCCUCGGCAUCGAUCUCCUUGUAGUGGUGCAGCCGGGCCACCGUCCCCCUCACCUCCACCAGCCGAUAGUGCGUGGACGGAUCCCAGUCUGGCGGGAGGGAGAGGGCGUCGGUGGAGGUGCCCCGCUGCGCCUCCUGGAUGAAGUGGCGGAGGAGGCACAGCCGGUCGGCGCCUCGCUUGCUGUCCAGGAGGGUGAGGAAGUCGCCUGUGCGGUUCCUGAUGGCCUCGUUGCGCAUGGACGCGGAGAAGGAGUCCAGCGGCCUCUCGCAGUCCUGGAAUUGACGCACGAGCUCAUCCACAUCGCUGGCAGAAUCGACUCCCAGCCGCCUCGCCGUGUCGAGCAUCGCCGUUUCUCCCUCUCCCUCGGUGCAGAGUGCCCGCUUGAGAGGCUCGAACGCGUUGCUCACAGCUCUGGGCCAGUCGGCGGGCAUCUCGUGGAAAUCCUCAGGCUGAACGUGAUGCACAAACGCUGUUUUGAGUCUCCUCGGGCGGACCACCACCUUAGCCCGGCUGUUGGGCCCCCUGGGAGUGCCUGAGCGGAUGUGGGUGCUGCUCCGCUGCAGGCUCCACAACACAUCUUGCCAACGCAGUGGGCAGCCGCCCCCCGAGGCACCAGCAGCGGCCGAGUCAAACAGCCGCACCGCCUUGGCACUUGGGUAGAGAGAGCUGUCCUCAUCCCCCGAGAUGUUGCAGUCCCUCUGCCGUGGCGCCUGCGAGUCCGCCCCCUCUUCAGUGAAGAAAAAGUGGUUGCGAAAGAUGAAGGCGCCCGACUCGGGGAAGGCGAGAGACAGAUCCAUCAGCAGGGAGGGCAGCAGCGGUGGGCUGGCUAGCGCCGCGGCGUCUUGCUGGUCGACAGCGCGCUUCAGGUACGGGAAGAUGGCCUCGUCGAGGUCGGCGUAGAGGAGAAACAUGGUGUCGAGGUGCCGCAACCGGCACUCGUUGAUCUGCGCCACCUGCGCGUAGUCCCACACGUCAUCGUACGGCCGCACGGGCAGCCGCCACCGCACCACCUCCACCAAACCCUCUUGCUCAUACAGGUCCAGCAGCGCCCUCACCGAAGCGCUGACGGGGAAGUGCGACUCAUAGAAAGUGAAUAACUCGGCACCGAGGGCACGGAAGGUCUCUACGAACUCGACAAUGCGGUCGACGCUGUCCAUCUCGCCCGUCAGGGGGUUUGGGGAUCCCCAAUAGGGGCGAACACAGACAGCCAGGGUGCGUCGGUAGGUGGGAGGGGGGCCGCAGGACGGCAGAGGGAUGGGCGGUGCGGGCACGGUAGACGAUGGCCGAAGCAGGGGCCUGACACGAUCACCAUUACCACAGCAUACCCGUGGCAGGCAGCGGAUGGGCAAGGCGGCCGUCUCAUGUCUGUGAUCAGGUAAUUACCUGACAGGGAGUCGCACGCCGAGUCUCCUCCUGAGCAUGGUUUGGGCAGCCUCCGCCACCUUGACCUCCCGCCACAGCGACACCUUGGUGGGCAUGGUGCCGACCAGCUCCCCCUCUGCGGGGUGGGGGCACUCCGACUUUCGGAACAACCGCCCAGCUGAUGACGUCCGCACCUCUACGUGAAACAGAGGCCUGACAAGACAAGACGACACACACAUCGAACUCACUGCUGCACGUAAGUUGGUUGCAUCUGAGAGGAUGGGCUGGGUGCACUGACUGACCUGCACUGGAGAAAGAAGGGGUAGAACUCCUUGUACUGCCCGUCGUAGCGCAUCAUCUUAACCGUCAUGUUGCCCGGCACCCACUCGCCGUCUACAGGACCCCACGAUGGACAGCUGCCCCACCUCUCUGCCGUGGGCGGGUCGCGCGGAUACCACAGUGCACAGCGGAUGGCUGGCCGCGGCUUGCGGCGCACCAACGACACAAUGACAACCUGAACAAAGACAAGCGGAUCAGAUCAGUCGCUGUGAGGCGAAGUUGACUGACGGACUCACCUCAGGCGGAGAUGGCACGUCCCUCACGACCCCCAGGGGCAUCUCCCCCAGCUCCCGCCCCUCCGGCCGCCUGUCCAUGUCGUCCCACCACGCCGACCGCACCCACGCAUCAGUCACGCCAUCCACACGAACCCAAUCGUCCUCUGCCAGGGCCUGUCCCAUAGACUCAUUAGCAGCAGCAGCAGCAGCAGCAGCAGCACUGCUCUUGGCGGCGCGGAGAUUGCCGUCCGCACGUUUCGUUGCGGCCUUCCGCACCCCUUCAUCGAUGCUCUCAGCGUCCUGCUCAGCCCACUCCGUCACGCUGGACACAACGGACGCCAGCCGAAGGGUCUCCAUCAGACAGACGACACAGAUGGUGAGGACGAUGGCGCACGAGAUGAUACGGAACCUGGCGAGCGACGCGCUGCCACCCUUAGCGAGUAAUGAAGGCGGUAGUCGUUGUGGUCCGUUGUGUGAGCUGCUGCCGAAGCACUCGACCUUCUGCUUGCGCUGAGCGGGGUGGCUGCUGCCUGAGCAGUACUCGGGCAUCGAUGGCUGGCCGGAUGAGAGCUGGCGAUGACGAGGCCGUCACCCAGGCAUUGUCACGAGAGCGGUCCUAUGCAGCGAGCGCAUUUGAGACCCGCAGAGUCGCUGGUUUCUGGCUGCGCCGGUCAAUCAUACAUUCGCACUGUGGAGGC